CCGGUACACGAGCACCCGCGGACCGCAAACACGCGUCACGUCGAGAGGAAGAACCACGUUUUGCGUCUCCAGUCGCGCGAAAUACAGAUCGCGUUUUCGUGAGCUGUCAAGUGUUUGACACGUGACCGGAUCAUAAGCAUCAUCGUUCGCGCGCGUUUAAAAUUUUUUAAAUUUCGUAAAACGUCUAAAUCAGCGGAGUGGCCGGGCCGGAUCGAACGGCGGGUAUUGUUGUUUGAUAAGAUCAAAGGGCGAAUGGACCGACGGCUCUCUCAUGUCAACGCGAAGCGAAGGAACAGUGAUUCCUCCUCCUCUCCGGAUGUGUCGGAUAAUCCGAUCGAGCGAGAGUCGUGUGAACGAAUGGACCGACCUGACAGCGGAGGAUGCGAUCGCGCGCGCUUAAAUCUUCGAUCGAUUUACAAAUAAAUAUGUACGUAUCGAACUGUGUCAUGCGAGAGCUUUGUCGAUGAGAAACGCGUAAGAGCUAUUUUGAAUUUAAUACGCGAGAGUAAAGUGUCGCGCGGCGCACAGCUGUCGUUUAGAUAUAUUGAGAAAUUUGCGUAAAAAAGAGAAGAAAGAAAAAACACGUCGCGUCUAAUCGCGAUUUAGACGAAUUAUUAAUAAUAAUCCAUUGAUGAAAGCUUGAUCGUUGAUCAGCUCGAAUCUCCAUCUUCACGAGGAGAGUCGCGUCUAUCUUCGUUUCGUAUUCCAUGACCUGAGUAACGUUUCGACUCUAUACACGCCGGCCUCCAGUGCUUUCCGCGGUCGGGAGUAAAUACAAACAUAUAGAUUUGUUCACGUUGCAUGCGGUAAACUCGUAGAUAACUUGUUAUCAUAAUGAUGUGAAAUAGAUUGACGUUUAAAAGUUUCUGCGCGUUUAAAACGAGACAGAUGUAUAUUUCGACAUUGAGCACGUCGCGUUUCAGCGAAAGAAUAAGACUAUAACCUAUUCGUUUAUUAGAAAGAGAACGAGUGUGUGUGCAAGUAGUGCCAGCACACGAACAAGACUCACACGCAUACAGACGUAUGUAAUGACUUUUCGUUAUCGUGUGUCGUGAUAUCGUGUGAUCCCGCGGUGCUUUUCCGCUGCUUUUUCGUUUUCCCGGGAAAUCGUGUGCGCGCGCGCGCCCGCGCGUUUGUGUCUGUGUGUGUGUGUGUGUAUCACGUGCGCACGCUACUCAGGACAGGUGUCAACGCGAAGAUGGAGACUACGCCGGGUUCGAGAAACAUGCUGGGGAAUGUGAGCCCGUCCGUUUUCGUCUUACUGUUCCUCACGACGCUGAUCGCCGGCGGAAUUAUUUUCCUGAUUCGAUAUGCUGUCAGCCGACGCUCGCGGUCCAGCCUGGAGCAGGACUCGUCGAAAAUUUUGCGACAGCCGUCUUGGAGUCCAGCAGCAGCACCUUUGGGUUUUAUACCGAUACCGCAAGAACCGCCAAUUUUCUCUCAUACGCUUCACAACGGCCGACGCAUUCCGCUAAACAAGAAGCGCAAUAAACAAGUAUUGCUAUAUCCUGCUCAUCCCUGGUUAACUAGUACGCUUAGAGGACAUACUGGUAUCAUCAGUGACAUGAGUUUCUCGAACAAUGGCAGAUAUCUGGCAAGCUGUGCCGACGAUCGGAGCUUGCAACCAGAAGAAUAUGUGCAGAAUGGCUAUAGGCAUAAUUCGCAGAGAGAGACAUCGAUACUAUCUUCGUCGCACUCAGAUGUGAUGCCUCCAUCGGGAGUAAAUGACAAUCGAUAUCAGCAUGGAAAUCAAGAAAGAAAUCCCGAAAUACAAGGACAAAUUACGAUUGACAAUGAUACGUAUAGAACUAAUAAUUGCGGAGAGCAAAUUUGGCAACCGAUGUAUUUUCCUGUUCAAAAUACGUAUCUGCAUGAGAAGACACAACAGAAGCAAGAUGCCUAUGUCAACGGCUUAUAUUUUCCUCACUUAUGGGAUAAUAUAUCUUUCAGUACGCUAUGUCAAGGAAUCGCGAAAUAUAAAUUGAUGUCAAACGAUUUCGCUGAAAGAGGUUACCCUAUAGAGUUACCCACUUUGCCAAAGUGCGCGAUGAUAAAAAGCAUAACAUAUCCGGACAAUUUCACCACCGCAGAAGAGAAAAAUGACAAAAAAGAUUCAGACAGCGGUAAUUGCAGUAGUAGCUCGGUUGACAGUACUUCCGAAUGUAGCGAGAGUUCAUCCGAUGAAUGCGAAAAAAAUUCAGACAAAAAGAAAAAAAGCAAAGUGUCGGGAAAACGGGAGAGAAAAUGCGUAAGAUGCCGCAACAAGUUCUACGUCAAUUACGAAGGCACGUACAUAUCCAAGGAGCAUUGCGUCCAUCACGAUGGCAAAUUGUACGAUGGGUCCAAUGGCAAGACAAAUUACAAAUAUUGGACGUGCUGUAAGAAUUCGGAACUUUCGCCCGGUUGUAUGACAGCAAAAGUACACGUAUGGAAUGGCUUGAAGCCCGGACAGUAUAAUGGACCAUUGAAAAAUUUUGUGCAUACCGUUCCAUCCAACGAAUUGGAGUACAAUGAUAUCUAUGGCAUAGAUAUCUACGCUAUAGAUUGCGAGAUGUGCUUUACGCAUAAGGGUCUCGAGCUUACCAAAGUCACCGUUAUAGAUUUGUAUGGCAAUUUAGUGUAUGAGACGUUAGUCAAGCCCAAAAAUAAAAUCAUCGAUUACAACACUAAAUUCAGCGGCAUUACGGAGGAGCAAAUGUCGAACGUCACCAUGACUCUCGAGCAAGUCCAGGAAGAUUUAUUAAAAUUUAUCCACGCCGAGACGAUUCUUCUCGGUCACAAUCUGGCGAGCGAUUUCAGAAUGUUGCAGCUGUUGCACAAUAAUGUCGUCGAUACUACCAUGAUAUGUCCACAUUCUAAGGGAUUUCCAUAUUGUAUGGCAUUGAAGACUUUGGCGAGAAAUUCGCUCAGUCGGGAAAUACAAAAGGAUACGCAUGAUUCUCUCGAGGAUGCCCGGACCGUUGUGGAUAUAGUGUUGGAAAAGGUGUAUUACGAUCUUACUGGAUUGAAACUAUCGUCGUUAGUAAAGAAACUCGCUAACGAAGAAUCUCUAUAAGAUCGUAUCAUGUGCUGUGAUUUUUGAAUUGAAGAAUGACAAAGAGUCCGUAUUAUUGACCAUUAAUAUAAGAUAAAGAUAAGCAUGGAAACGCGCUACACUUUUAUAAUUAUUUUUAUAAUCUCCCGUGUGUUUUCCAAUGAAAUCUGUGAUACGGAUUGUGUUCCUUAUAUGCACAUAUAACGCGCACACUUUCGACAAACACUAGAGAUGAUAGAGAUGGUGAUGAGUAAAUGUAGCAAAAGAAUAUGUUUCAAAAGAUCUCUUACUUCUCUACUAUACUUCAAAUAUUCUCUCUUCUUUUUUCUCUCUGAUUUCUAUUCUUUCAAAACUUUAUCUUUAUCGAUUGAUUUUCCGAUUGAAAAUUGAUCAAAAAUUUUUUAUUUUGAAACAAAUUAUGUUCAACUAUUGUUGCACCUACUGAAUCUCUUCUCUCUGGUGUGCACAUUUUUAUUUAUGCGUUGUAUGUGUUUUACAUUGUAUAUGCGUCAAUUGUUACUGUUUUAUACACUGUACAAAUCGUAUUAUCAUUUCAUGGAUCAAAAUUUUUAUUUGUAAAAAUCAAUGCAUGCAAAAAUCGAUAUACGUAUUUAUAUGGAUACGUAUCAGCAUUAUUAUUCACUAUCGUAUCCAUCUCAUCAUGCAUAUUUUAUUCGAUAUUUCUUUCCCGCGAGAAGGUCGUGCGAUGUCAUUGAUGGUAAGCGUCUCUUGUUGGCUUUCAUCGACGCAUAUGGUACGCAUGUAAAUUUCACUUGGAACAAGACGACACCGUGAAGUUUUCUUGGACGAGGACACGUGGCGUGACACUGGUUAUACGCCGUGACUCAACAAAUACGACAUAACGAAAUCAAAACGCGCACAGAUUUAAUUUGACUAAAAUAUAAUAGAUAAAAAAUAUAUCUCUUUGUCUCAUCGCACGUUUAAUCGUAUCGUUAAAAAUUCAGGAAAUCAUUUUAGAAGCGACAUUUCGCUGCGCGACUGACAGCGAAUAUUGCGUAAUUUAAAAAUUUAUUGAAUUGCAUUUUUGUACAAAUAAAUACAUCGACGCAAAUGAAAGGAGAUGUGAAUUAUAGCCAAAGUUAAUUUCAAUUUAUACGUGCUAUCAAAUUGUAGCGUAUAUUAAAACGUUACAUUAAAAUUUCGUGAGCCACAUAUCGUUGUAACAUAUAUCGCCAUGUGUCUGACAUAACGGGACUUGUGUCGCGUUCAUGUUUUUAUCAAUUUUCGACAAGAAUACGGCGAAUCACAUAAUAUGCAAUAUACGUACGGAUAUACCAUAUGUAUUAGUAAUGAUCUCAUGAGACUGACUACCUGCGUUUCUAUUGAUAUUGUGUGUUCUAUCAUUGUCAUAAUUAAUCUCUUCUCAUUUCAUAAUUACGCAACAGCAGAGUUUUAUAUCACGAUCGAAUAUUCAACCGUAAAUAUCUAUAAUAAAUUGUGUAAUAUAGAAAUUUUACGUAGAUUUUGUAACGAGAUAGUAUUGUAAAAUAUAUUUUUCUACCUUUGCAUAUAUCGUUGUACAUAUGUAUAUAUCUCCCAAGUUUUAAUUGCAAAUAACGUUAUUAUUUACACACACACACACGAUUAUUCCUUUAACGAUGAGUAAAAUUAUAUCAAAUUACUUUUAACAUUUUUUUUAAGCAACAAAAUAAUAACUGAUCAGCAAAAAAAAAAUAGUUGCGAAUCUCUAUUUUAAAUAAAGUUUUAAAAAUUAAUAACGGAAAAAAAUACACUUGUAACAAUCGAAUUAGUUUUUACUCAUCGUGGCUCAUCUAGCCGUUCAAAAUUCGAUGUUAACAACAUAAUUAAGAAAGAAAUUGAUUUUAUUCAUUUACUUCUGCUCUUUCAGAAAUUAUUUUGGAAUGAUCAGGAAUGAUCUCAGUAUGUAUUCUGCAUGUGAUAUACUGUCACAUUUUAUCGCUCAUAACGCAACGCGCGCAUUAUAAUUUUAUCGAUUAACUUAAUUUCAGUACUAUGCUUAAUCCUAAAAAUUAUAUUUUUUGUAAAAGAAUAACAAGAGAUAUCUGUUGAACUGUUAACUUCAACUGCGAAAGAAUGCUUAAGAAUACAUAUAAAUUUCAAUGUUUAUUUUUUCUGUCAAUUUACUCACUUUAAAGCCUUGAAACUCUGGAAAAACAACGAUGAAUUUUUAAAGCGAGAUAAUAGUAGAAAAGACAUUCAAUGGAUGUCUUUUCCUCUUUUCUAGGAUUAAGAAAGGAUUGUUAUAUAACAAUGAAAUUUUAUAAAUAUACAAUCGGAGUAUUUAUAA